UUUCAGUAGUAAAUUGGGGGCAAAUAAGAUUCUUCACAGUUGUUUGUUGUUGAGUUGAGGGCUUGGCUUUGACAGAUGGGUCAUUGUACAUGCUGAGACUGAGACCGUCUUCUCAGAUUCAAUUCAAAAUUCCUCAACGUCACUCACACCCUUUUUUCUCCAAUCAGAUUCGCAACGCGCCAUCUUCCAGCUAGGGUUUCCAGCUCAAUUUCCAGAUUUUCACUUUCCCUCGAUUUCGACCGUUGCAAGAGUUAAUUUGAAAUGCGCUUCCCCUGUAGAUCCGUGGCGGGAUUCUGUUGACUUCGAAUUUCGCUGUCUGAACAAAAACAACAAAAAGAGUGCAGCGGUCACUACCACAGAGUAUAGCCAGAUGUAUAACAGUAUGAAAAAACUUUCCUUUGAACUUGGUACAAGGUUGAGGGGUUUCCUCAAGCAAAGGAGACCUGGUAUAAAAUCCAGUAGCCGUGGUUAAAUUGUUCCCCGCAUUUUUAACUGUCUGAGGAAGUAACUUAACAAUAUUUAAGACUACUACAAAAUGAUGGAGUGCAACAAAGAUGAGGCAGUUAGGGCCAAAGAAAUAGCAGAGAGGAAAUUUUCAGAAAGAGAAUAUGUUGGUGCAAAGAAGUUUGCUCUCAAGGCUCAAAAUCUGUAUCCUGAGUUGGAGGAUAUUACCCAGCUUUUGACAACAAUUGAUAUUUACAUAUCCGCUGAGAAUAAAGUAAGUGGAGAAAUGGAUUGGUAUGGUAUACUUGGAGUGAGCCCCUUUGCUGAUGAGGAGACUGUUAGAAAGCAAUACAGAAAGCUGGCUCUCACUCUUCAUCCUGACAAAAACAAGUCUUUGGGUGCUGAGGGUGCAUUUAAGCUGGUUUCAGAGGCAUGGAGUUUGUUAUCAGAUAAGACCAAGAGACUAGAAUAUAACCAGAAGAGGAGUUUGAAAGGAUUCCAACAUAAUAAUCCCAACCAUGUUGGAUCUCAAUCGGAUGCACCCAGUUCAAAUGGUUAUUAUAAUCUAAAGAAGAAUGCAACUUCAAAUGUCAGGGCAGGAAAGAAUAAUGGUCGGGCACCUUCAGCUCCGGUUAAAAAGGUUGAAACCUUUUGGACUAUCUGUAAUAGGUGCAGGACACAUUAUGAAUAUCUCAGGGUUUAUUUGAAUCACACCCUUUUAUGUCCAAACUGUAAUGAAGCUUUUGUUGCCGUAGAGAGGGGUCCACCACCAAAUGUUUUUAAGCCACCAAAUUGGUCUUCUCAUCAACGGCAUCAGAAUUCUCAACACCAUGCUGGAAGUAAUAAUACAAAUUUUCAGUGGGGUUCUCACUCUAGAAUGGCUGGUUUUGGUAGCACAGAUGGAUCAACAUCUGUUGCAGCUCAAGCUGCAAGUGUUGUGCAGCAGGCAAGUGAGAGAGUAAGGAGGGAAGGUUCUUUUCACAAAGCUGAAAAACCUAUGAAGAAAAGGAAGACAGAUGAUAUUUGCAUUAAUGGUUAUCAAGGAUACAUGGCAAAUCAUAUGGCUACAGGACAUGGAGCGGCUGGUUUGGGCACCUUUUCUGAACCAGGAAAGGCUAACUUGGAAACAGAAAGGAAUUAUGGUUUUUCAGGUCUUCCUGGCAAGCAUUACAGCACAAGAGAAUUGUCAAUGUUUGAAAUACGAAACAUGUUGAUGGAUAAGUCACGCAUUGAAAUUCGUGAGAAACUUCAAGAAUGGAAAUUGAUGGCUGAAGCUAAGAUUAACAAGGACAAAGAGAAUAAAAGACAGAAAAGCACAUUUAAUGGCAAACCAACUGGUUCAGAGAAGCUGAGAGAGACUGCUGUUAAUGGUAACAGGCAUCUGGACAUUGAUUCUUUCCCUGUCAGAACUGAUGAUACAGUUAAGAAGAGCCAAACUUAUGUUACAAUCAAUGUUCCAGACCCUGAUUUUCAUAAUUUUGACUUGGAUAGAGAUGAAAAUUCCUUUGCAGAGGACCAGGUCUGGGCUGCUUAUGAUGACGAUGAUGGAAUGCCUCGUUAUUAUGCUAAAAUUCACAAGGUGAUCUCCAUGAAGCCAUUUAAAAUGCGGAUCAGUUGGCUUAACUCUCGAAGCAACAGUGAAUUGGGCCCAAUAGAUUGGGUAGGCUCUGGUUUUUAUAAAACUUGCGGGGAUUUCAGAACUGGCAAGCAUGAAAUAACUGAAUCAUUAAAUUCAUUCUCUCACAAGGUUAGGUGGACAAAAGGCACAAGAGGUGUUGUUCGAAUCUUUCCUGGAAAAGGGGAGGUCUGGGCUCUUUACAGAAACUGGUCUCCUGAUUGGAAUGAACAUACCCCAGAUGAAGUGAUACACAAGUAUGAUAUGGUGGAGGUGCUUGAAGAUUUCGAUGAAGAGCAAGGCAUAUUAGUUACCCCCCUUGUUAAGGUUGCUGGUUUUAGGACUGUGUUUCAAAGGCACAUGGACUGUGAUCAGGAGAGGAGGAUUCUUAAAGAGGAAAUGUUUCAAUUCUCUCAUCAGGUUCCUAAUUACUUGCUUACUGGCCAAGAAGCUGAUAAUGCUCCAAAGGGUUGUCGAGAGUUGGAUCCAGCCGCUACUCCUUUAGACCUCCUCCAGAUAGCAACAGAAGCUAACGAGACAACGGAUAAUGCUUAGGAAGCCUGAUGAAGAAACGAGGUCUGGUUCACCUGCUGUGAAAUGGGAGAGAGAAUGCUUCAAAACCUUGUAGAGCAGAAAUGUUAAACGAGGGUAGUAAACAGAUAAAGAAUGAUAAAUGACAGUGCAAAGGAUAGAGAUGUUGGUGUGACUGAUGAUGCAAUAGGCUUGAGAAAUCAAAAUGUAGAUCAAUGAAAAUACACUCUUCCACGACUCUUUCAUUUUUUUAAGCCUGACAGAUAUUCUAUAGUGUCCUUUUUGUGUUAUAAAUGGAUCGAAGUGAUCCACAGCUUUUCGGUUUUUGUUGUAUAAUUUUCAGACAUGUUAUUCGUAGAAUCGUGGCAGUUAUCAUUCAUCGUUCUGCAAGCAAGAUGAAUAGACUAUAGUUCUGGCAUUUCAUGUAGUCCAUGCCUGGUGAUUUACUCUUCCAGUAUAUGGACGUGCAUAUUCUGUCUUGUGUUAUAAACUCAUGAGUAUUAAUUACAUUCGAUUCAUUUGCUAA